AUGAAGGGGCAGGGCGAGGGGCGGAAAACUCCCACGUACAGCCCCAUAACGGAGAGCCUGUACCUCAAGCUGAAGGACCCACUGGGGCCCGACAUCCAAAAGCUGAACAGUUACCUGCCUAUAGAAAAUAAUAUCGUCCUGUUGACUCUGGGAAAUUAUUCUUUCAAAGUUGGACUGAUAAAUAAGUACGACUGCAAAUUACAAAGCUUGAGGGUACCCCAAAUGGAAGUUAUUGAGCCAUGGAAGGAGCUGGGAUAUGCACACCCUCCAUAUAAAAACUACGACAUCAUAGAAGAGUGCCUUUUCCACUGCUUUAGUAAUUUUUACAAAAUAAAUUUAAAAGACAAAGAUUUGUUUAUUCCCUUUUCUAGCAUAAAUAGUACGCAUGAUUUUUCCACUUUGGGGGAUAUUUUAUUUGACACAUUUCAAGUGCAGAGUGUGACCUUUAGGGAGCCAUCCUUUCUCUCGUCACUCAUCAUUUUGGAGAACCUGGCGAAGGAGAGGCAGGAGAGACAACACGGGCGUGAGGUCCUACUUUAUAGAGAUGAUCAGAAGGACUCUUCUACACACUGUGACUAUACCGGUGACACCGUCAGAACGGGAGGCGAAAAAGCCAAAGGAGAACAUACCGCACCGCGGAAAAAAAUAGUGGGGAGGGAACCAUACCCGGGGGGUCAGGGACCCUACCCGGAGGAGUGCCUCUCCAAUCUACACGCUUUAAAAUUGUUCAAUUUCACCGCUCUCCUAGUCAACAUCGGAAGUACUAAAACGAUCUGCACACCUGUGAUAAACGGAAUCCCACUGCCUGACCUGACCAGCACCUACCACAUCGGGGGGUACGACAUAGACAAUCAAAUUUUCGAUGAAAUGAAAAAGAAUAAAACCUACCAAAAAGACAUAUCAAUGGAGGCUGCAAAAAUUGCAAAGGAGAAACGAGUAUUCACUCCGAAAACUAGAGAAGACUGUGGUUAUCUUUCCCUACUUUACGAUCAAACUCCGAGAAAUUAUUUAGUUAGCUCGUUCGAGUUACAUUUUAAUAAAAUAUCCUCCUCAGCUGUAGCCUCCACUGAAAUAUUUUUCUCUCCAUAUCAUUUGGGAAAUUACUUAAAAACGGAGUCGUACAAGCAGCUGCACACGUACGAUGAGAACGAGGGAUUUCGUUUGAGCGGGUCUCCCAGCUGGAUCCCGAACUCGAAUGUAAGUGAGUCCUCCCCUAGCUGGAAAGCCAUCCUGAGCUCCACCCUCACACAGAGUACCCUCCCCUGUGUAAUUUACGACACUAUUCAAAGGUGUCCCAUCGAUACUCGAAAGGAACUCUUUGAAAAUAUCUACCUGACGGGGGGAUCCAGCAUCAUCAGGGGUUUUCGUGAAAGAUUACAAAAUGAAUUGUAUGACUUUGUAAAAAGGAAAAACUUUUACAGCAACGUUUGUAUCAAUGUGCAUGCUGUGCGGAGAAGGAUGCUACAAAAAUAUGCCACCUACUCGGGGGCUCACUACUUUUUGGAGCUCUUCGAUUAUCAUAAUUAUCAGAUCACACGGGCGGACUAUCAGGAGUGUGGGGACAGCAUCCUGGAGCGUCUGAGUUUGCAGGGGAAGCUUCUCUUCUAG